AUGCUUCGCGCAUACAUCCACCAACAGGAUGCGGAAAGAGCCGCAACCCACCAGGCAUUUCUGGCAGCUCAAGCUCCGAUUGGAGGUCUCGACCCCUCACCAUUCCCAUGUGAUCAUGGCUAUCGUGGCGGAGGGCAACCUGCCGUUCCACAACAGCAGGCUUUCGCGCAGGCCAACGCGGUGCAGUCGCUCCAGCAAGGCCUCCACCUCCCACCUGCCUAUCUGUCUGGAGCCCAGCAGGCCCCACUAUCAACCCAACGGCAGGUCCCACCGCAUCAGCAGGCACCGCAACACCGGCCGUUUCCACCUUCCGAGCGCUUGGCCCCUACCCAGCAACCAGCCGGGCCGCAGCAAGCCCAGGCUCCGUGGCCACAGCAAGCCCAAGCUCCGUGGCCGCAGCCCCCGUGGCAGCCCAUACCAGCCCAGGGCGCACACCAGCCUGUGCCGGCACCGCCGCCCCCUGCUCAGGUCACAGCGCCACCUCAGUGUCAUUCCCAACCUGCAUACCAGUUUCCCCCUCAGAACCUGCCCACGUUUAUUGACCCAGCCACAAACGAAACCUACACCUACCGCCUGGCCCCUAUCAGCGCCCAUAUCGCUGACGCACCAUUAUUUUCUCAUGGCCCGGGUCUACAAUUUCCUUCCCAGCCACCGGCUCCGCUGCAACCGCUGACCCGGCUGGCUGAGGUGAACAUCCAGCCGUGCCAGCCGAGUUUCUCGCAGAAGGUGAUGCAGAUCAUGAAAGGGGGAUGGUCGAAACCGCUCUCCUUGCCGGACUUCCACCCAAAGGAGCGCCACGCCGAGCCAUCCAUGCAGCGUGCGAGCAUCGGGGGGUUUUAUUUCGAACUGGUGGAGCAGAAGCGCAGUUCGCAACCCAGCAUCCAGACCGUGGAUGAGGUUCACCAGGCCAUCCAGUCAGCGGCAGACUGUGCGCUAGAGUUCCACCCAACGAACGGGCCUCUCCUCUUCCGCUCUAUCAUGAAACUUCAGUCCUUUCUCCAUAAUUCGGGCGAGCUACGCUUCAACUCAGACGUUCCGCGCAUCCUGGCUUACUGGGACGAGGUCGAGACCCAAUUCCGCGCUCACGGAGGGAACUUCUGCUUUGGUAAUAUACAGCUACCAAUUCUUGCUAGGCUUCGCCAACACGACAUGCAGCUGGAGAUCGAACGCCAGGCACUCCAGGAAUCCCAACGCAAUGCCCGUCACGAGGCCAUUCAGGCCUCAGCGCUCCCCCAUCCGCAAAGCAAAACCUACGCUGCUCCGUCUGCGGACUGCGCGACGCCCCCGCAGACCAACACGGGAGGCAUUGCCGCGCCCAACACCUCCCAUGGAUGCGUCGAUCCCACGAUGGUCGCGGCCUCUCCACGCCGAUUGCCAAUUUCAGCAUCUGUUGGCGCUUCAACGCAGGGCAGUGCUCUCGCUCUUGCGGAUUCAACCACGCAUGCUCGCUCUGCGGGGCCGGGGCCCCAGGAUACGCGCCUACUAGCCACCCUGCGCAAUCCUGUCCUGCGCUCUAAGCUAUUUCCAGUCGUCACACCACUUGUUGCGGAUGCCUGGGAGCGGCAUAUUGCAGCAAUGGGAAGAUCUGACGAGUUCGCGGACGUACCAAAAGGCAUCCGCAAUGGCUUUCCACACGGUUUGGCUCCCUCUCCUCCUCUCUCCAACUCGCAUAUCCCAAACAAUCAUCAGUCGGCUCUGGAUCAUGCCGACGUCAUUGACGCCUACCUUCUUUCUGAAAUCGCACUUGGCAGAGUUUCACCGGGCUACAACCAGUCGUUCAUCGAACAAUUCAUAGGCUUUGUCAAUACAUCUCCUCUGGGUGUCGUCCAGAAAGACCCAUCCGACCCAACAAGCAAGUUUCGUAUGAUUAACGACCACUCAUACCCACGCAACAACCCGGCCAUUCACUCAGUAAACAGCCGGAUAAACAAGUUGGAUUUUCCGUGCACCCUUUCUUCAUGGCGCGCCUGCUACCGAAUCAUCGCAUCCGCCCCGUCCAGCACCCAGGCAUCUGUCUUCGACGUCAAAAGCGCCUUCAGGAACAUCCCUACACUACCAGCAGACCGCCCGUUUACUGCUAUCUCCUGGCGGGGCCUCAUUUUCCUGGACCACGUAUUCUCCUUUGGGGCAACAAGCUCGCCCGGCGUCUUCGAUCGCCUCGCGGAACUAUUCGUCGUUCUCUUGAAGUUUUACAGCGCAGAAGAGAUCUUGAAGUGGGUAGACGAUUUCGUGUUCUUCCGGAAGCCGGUGGAGAUAGACCUCCACAAUCAUCCCACCUACGCAAUCGACGAAUCCCUUUUCAUUGACCUAGCAGCCGAACUUGGCUUCCCAUGGGAGAUGAAGAAGCACUCACCGUUUGGUGACACCUUCAGUUACAACGGAUUCGACUGGUGCAUCUCUAGUCGGACCUGUACUCUACCAGAGAAGAAACGGGUAAAGUAUUUGACCCGGAUUCGGGACUGGCUAGCUGGCGGCUCAACAUCAAGGAAGGAGAGCGAGGUUGUUGUUGGGACGCUCAACCAUUUGGCCGUAGUUGCCCCAGAGGGUCGAUCACGACUCGUCUCUCUUUAUCGACUUUCUUCAGCGUUCAAUCACCUCUCAAACCCAUUCGCCCUACCAUCCCCGCGUGCUGCCCAUGGAAACCAGCCACCCGACAUUGAAGACGACGGCAUCAUUCCGUCUAUGAUCAUGAACGCAUGGGCUCCAUCGACUCGCAAGAAGCGCAUACCCAUAACGUCUUUAUUCCAAACCUUCUGCGAAGAAGAGGGCGUCUGCGCUCUCCCAGCUUCGGAAACGACUCUCUGCAAAUUCACUCUGCACCGUGCCGGUACCAUCGCAGGCGUUACUAUCCGCGGUGCAGUCGCUGCAAUUCACGCGUGGCACACACAACUGGGCUACGUCUGGAACGGAGGCGAGCGUCUCUCGGCAUGCCAAAAGGCAGCGGAAAACCUCACGCCAGCGUCGUCACGAUUCCCGAAGCGCCCGCCAUUCACCAUGCAGCACCUCGAAACCCUCGCAGCCAAGCUCUCAAAGGACGACCCACUCGAUGUGGCCGUCUUUGCCCUCGCCACGCGCAUUCGAAGACCGCAUGAUAUCCGCCGUUUCCGACCUCGCUGGCCCUAUUACAGCUUCCGGCUCGUUCUCGCUGUUCUUACCCUUCACCAAGACGAAGGGUUCCAGAGGUGA